AUGCUUGCUGUGCAGAAAAUCUGUCUGCUUUGUCCGCGCCUGUUCUGCGUGGUGUUGCACGGCGUAUUGGUACGAAAGGAUCUGACGCGCGAAAUAAAGAACGCCGUAGCUCGCAAGCAUGUCCUCUUCAAGAUUCUCUUGACCGCAUCAGUCCCACCUGCUUGCACAAGAUCACGGGGCACUUUACUUGCUGCUGAGUUUCAGAACUUGUACGGUCUCAAUUUGGCAACUGCUGUAUGGAUUUCAGCAUCUGUUGAUGAUAUUCCUCGCCGUUUAGAGAAGCUGAAACGCACUGACAUCUAGACAUGUAUGCCUCGAUUAGCGCCACGCUAUCGCACACUCUACAA